AGUAGUUUAAAUGACACGUGGAUGCAACAAUCCAGCAGUCAAAUCUUUAUUUCGCGGAAAGCUUGACCCCCCACGGGACAUCGAACCCCAGAUUUGGCACCGCAGGGGCCCAGGGCAGUGACGAACAGCUGGGCGGAACAGAUGCGUUUACUACAAGCUGAGAGAGUCUGCUGCUCCUGCAAACAGUGAACCGCGGUGGAUGGACUCGGCGAGACGAGCACGUUGUCCGUGUGCAGGGUCGUCGAGCUGGGUCAGAGGUAGUGUGUGAUUGAGCAGGGCUGCAGUGCCAGGAAAAACCGGUUGGUUGUCAUGGAGCGGAGCCCGGCUGUGGCGUGGACUUGGCUGCUGGUGGCUGGACUCGUCCUGGCCUCGCCUCUAGCCUUCUCCGUUGCAACCCCGAAGGCUGUCCCACGACCCCCGCAGCUAAUUGGCUGUGUGUUCCUAAAUCGAGCUAACGUCACCUGCCGCUGGGAGGCUGGAGACACCCCAGCAACGCACUACACUCUGCAAGUUCAGAGGGUGCCUUGGCUACACAGAGCUGAGGCCUCAACAACAAACAGACCUUUGAAUACGUUCACCUGCACCACGUCUGGCACCAGCUGCACAGUGAUCACCGGCUCAUCCGUGAGGUUCACCUUUUGCAUCACUGUCACAGCACACGGUCACAGCAAGGACACACAAUCAGCAUGUCGGUGUCAGUCUGGUAGGACUGAAGUGAUGUUACCUCCAGUGACUUUGGACAGCAUAAAACCAGUUGCUGGGAGACCUCAAUGUCUGAAUGUAGUCUGGAACUGCACCUUGCCUGACUUUACUGUUCCUGAGUUUCCUGUGUCUUUGUCUGAAAUCAAAGCAGGAGACCUGACAUCCCAAAUUGAGUUCACACCACGCGGACAGUUCAAUGUUCAGGUCAAAAAUGUGACAGUGACAGGCUUCAGCUUCCUUGUUUGUGUCUUGAGACCUGACACCUCAUACACUAUCAGGCUUCGUCACCGCUACCAGGGCCCACAGAGUCCCUGGAGCCUGUGGAGCAACACCCUCCAGGGAAGGACUGGAGAGGACGCUCCAUCUGCAGCACCAGCCUUCUGGAGGCAAGUGAAACAAACGGAUAAGAACGGUUGGAGACCCGUGUCCCUGCUCUGGAAGCCCUUGCCUCGCUUUGUAGCCCGUGGCAGGGUUCUCUUCUUCAAUGUGACUUGUCAGACAGAAAGCGCUCAGGUCCUGAAAGAUCACGGGAGCUGCAGAGAUUUGCACCACACAAAUACUUCCUGUAGCUUGCUUCUCCCUGCCGGACGAUGCUCCUGCGCUCUGACGGCCUCCACCGCUGCGGGAACCUCGCCAGAAGCCCGAAUGUGGCUCCUUGGAGCUUCUGAGACAGAGCCACCUCCCCUUAGCCAAAUCACUGUGAGUCCACUGCAUGACAGUGGCUUGGAUGUUCGUUGGAUGGCUCCAGUUGAUUGGUCAACAAGCGGCUUUGUAGUGGAGUGGUUUGCUGCCAGAGAGAUGAACGGCAGCAUCCUACACUGGGAAAGGCUGAAUAGUUCCUGUACAGCACUGGUCAUCACAGAGGGACUAAAGCCGUUGGAGCGCUAUGUUGUUUCGGUCAAAGCGCUGUAUGGUGACCGAGGAGUGGGGCAGAACAGGACGGUCCACAUUUACACACGCCAAGGAGCGCCCUCAGCUGGUCCUAAAGUGGCGGUGCAGCGGAUCUCUGGUAGCACAGUGGAGCUCAUCUGGGCUCCUGUACCUGUGGAGCUGCUUCAUGGUUUCAUCUGCAACUACACACUCUACUACUCAGCUGCAAAGCAACCAGCCAAGAGAGUGUUUGUGCCUGGUCACGCUCACCGUUACUCUCUAGAGAAUCUGUCGCCUGGUAACUACGACAUCUUCAUGCAGGCCAACACUGACGCUGGAGCUGGAGCAGCUGGGCCCGUCGCUAAAGUGCACAUAGGACCUGAGGAAAUAUCGAUAGUGAUGCAUGCCCUCCUUCCUCUCAUCCUGACUUCACUGACGCUGGUGCUGAUGGCCUGCCUGGCACAGAAUAAGAAGGUGAAACAGAAGCUGUGUCGAGACAUUCCAGACCCUUCCAAUAGCAGCUUGGGCCACUGGAUCCCCAAAACCACUUUGGAGAGUGUGAAGCAGCCUGCAAUGGAAGAGAAGACCAAAAUCAAAUACUCAGAAGUUAUUUUGCUUGGUGACAGUUUGCUGCAGAACUCCAACCCAGAUCAGGACCUCCGCUAUCAAAGCGCCUGUUAUCUGCAAAACGACUCCUCUCCCUGCUACUCUCUGCUCCCGGUUUUGGGGACUCAGAUACCUCAAAAUAGCAUAAAAUCGGAGCAAAAGUGCACCAAAAGCUCAGUCAAAGCCAAGAUGACCUCCAACACUGAUCUCUCCUCCUGCCCCACCAUCUACUCCAAUGUCCUCCUCUCUGAGACUCUCAAAAAUCUGUCUACACCUCUCCUAUCCCUCCCCUAUCCCCAAUCCAAUGAUUGGCAGCACAGCACUGUCAGCGUUAAUGAUGUUAAACUCCAGCUAGGUGGAGACAGUGAGCCAUCUAUUUCUCUGCAGGGCAGGAGCGCCACAAAAUCAGGUUCACCUCUUUCCCAAACAGAUGAACUGAAAACCUUCCGCCUUUUUCUGAGACAUCAUCAAAGCCCCGUCUCCUUCUCUGACUUCAGCAGCAUCUAUCAUUCCACCGUCUUGCUUUCUCACCAAGCUGAGGUCACGUCGCCCCAACCCCCUUUUUCUCAAAACCUCUACAACUCUGUCCCGUCACUCCAGUCUGACGACUUCACUCGCACCAAUCUUCUUUCUAAUACGUCGUUUUCACCUCACUCUGUUUUUGUGGAUUUCUCAUACUGUCCUGUGGAGUGUGAUCCUUAUAUUUCCGCUGCUGUUUAGUUCCAUAGCAGCAAAAUAAAACGUUGAUUUGUUUCAUUGCAGUGUCCAUAACAAAUAUGCACAACCCUGUCACUUGAAACAACUAUUGGAAACAAAUUUUGUAAUCAUUUUAAAUCUGAAUAAGAGUAAGAGAUUAGAUUAGAGACAAAAGAUAAGACACAUUUUUUAAUGGUCAGUAUCCAUAAAUGUUUUAAUGGAAUAACUUUAGGAAAUACAUUUAUUUGCUUUCUUGCUGAGAUUUAUACCACUCUCAUGUCUGUCUCUUCAAUAUGAAUAUGGAGCCAGCUGCUAGUUAACUAGCUUGAAAACAAGGGGAAACAGCUAGCCUGGCUCUGUCCAACAUGCACCUCAUGCACCUCUGAAAGCUCUCUAAUGACCACGUUGUUUGAUCAGUACAAAAACUGAAUUGUAAAAACAACAACUGUGGUUCUACAGGGGAUUAUUUGCUUACCUUCAGACAGGGCAAAGCUAGCUGUCUCCCCUUGCUUUAAGUCUUAAAACUAGGCGGCCCGCUUGCUGUAGCUUCAUAUUUACCGUAUAGAUACCAUAGUGGUAUCAAUCAUCUAAUCUAACUCUCUGCAAGAAAGUGAAUAAGAUUAUUUCUCAAAACAUAGAAAUAAUACUUUAAUUACCUCAAAACAUGAAUAAGUCCUGGUGGGUAUACUAUAAAUAUUUUUAUAGACAUUGUAGUAUUUGUGAUUGAUGUAUUAUAUUUUUGUACAUGAUGUGUAUUGUGAAGGUUUUAUGAUGUGUUUUUUGGCAUUGUGCUGCUUACUAUACACAGUUGAUGCAUACUGUACUUUGAGCCUUGAUUUGAAUACUGUGGAAUGUAAAUAACACAAAACACUGCAUGCAACACUGUCUUCUACACUGAUGUUUGAGAAUGCCUGAUUUAUUUUUCUUAAUUCAGUGCACCUUCAUUUAUGGAUGUACUAUUAUAUGGCUAACACCAAUUCAUAAUGAUCCCGAAAGCUUUACUUUGGGGUUAUUGUGUGUGUUUUCACCAGGUAUGGGGUGGAUAUUAUAAAAAGAAGACUUUGAAGUAACUUAACACUGCAAAGACUAACUAGAUUGCAUGCCAGUUAGCAUCAUUUCAUUUCUUCCUGUGUACUUUCUCCAUCAUCCUGCUGGUCAGUUUCUCCUGGUGGCAACUGUUUUUCUUUGUUGAUGCAGUUUGUCUUGACUCCUCUGUGGCGCACAUGCAGUUUGGACAGCGACUUUCUCACCUUGUCAGAGUUCUGUAAGGUGCCUCAUGUUGUUCGGAAAACUCACAUACCUCAAAUUCAGACGUCUUUUAUGGCUAAAGUGCUGCUGACUGGAAUUCAGCCUUACAGUGAGCCAACUUUUGUAACUGUGAUUACUCCAGAUGUUUAAGUACCUUUCAGUUUACAUUAUUUGUAUGUUUGAGCAUUAAAAUGUGCAGUCAAUGCAUGAACCACCUUUUCAACAUUAAAACAGUGCAUAUGCUGUGUGAUGAUGUAA